AUCUGCUCGAUGUUGGUCGCCAUGACACCUAGAGCAAGACGCGAGGUCCUCCGCUAUCCCAGCAUCCCGAGUUGCGCGGUACCAGCAUGCAUUGCGAAAACGUUUCGGAGACUGGGGAUUCCAGGACCCAGACCAUGGCCGUUUAUUGGAACCCUUUUGGAAUACAGGAAGGGCUUUUUCGCUUUCGACACAGAGUGUUUUCAGAGAUAUGGGAAAAUCUGGGGCUUCUAUGAUGGCAGGCAGCCUGUUUUAGCAGUCAUGGACAUGGGGAUCAUUAAGACCAUCCUGGUGAAGGAAUGCCACUCCAUCUUCACAAACCGAAGGAACUUCCGCAUUAACGGGCCCAUGAAUGAGGCGCUGACGGUGGUGGAGGAUGAGAAGUGGAGACGAAUCCGCUCAGUGUUGUCCCCCACCUUCACCAGCGGCCGGCUGAGGGAGAUGUUUCCCAUCGUCAAGCACCACGGGGCUGUGCUGGUGCGGAACCUUGGGCAGAAGGCAGAAGCCAACCAGGUCGUGGAUAUGAAGCAGAUCUUUGGCGCGUACAGUGUAGAUGUUGUCACCAGCACCUCCUUUAGCGUCAACAUCGACUCUCUCAACAACCCCCAGGACCCCUUCUUCACAAACAUCAAAAAGAUGCUCAAGUUCAGCCUCUUCAACCCUUUGCUCAUCCUUUUAAUACUGUUUCCCUUUCUCAUCCCUUUGAUGGAGAAAAUGGACAUCAGCUUCUUCCCUAGGGACCUGGCUGACUUCUUCAUAGGAUCCAUCAGGAAGAUAAAGGAAAACCGCCAGAAGAACGUUCACGGCAGUCAUCGUGUGGACUUCCUGCAGCUCAUGGUGGAUUCCCAGGUUUCCGAGGGAGCCCCCCAAGACCACGAGGAGCAGCAGCAGCCCCACAAGGCUCUGACUGACAGCGAGAUCCUCGCUCAGGCCAUGGUCUUCAUCAUGGCCGGCUAUGAAACUACCAGCAACUCUCUCUCCUUCGUGGCGUACAACCUGGCCACCUGCCCCGAGUGCAUGCACCGGCUGCAGCAGGAGAUAGACCAGGUCCUCCCGAACAGAGCCCCUGUCACCUACGAGGCUCUGCGAUGCAUGGACUACCUGGAUAUGGUGCUCAAUGAGUCCCUUCGACUCUACCCUCCAGCGGGCAGGCUUGAGCGGGUGUGCAAAAAAACCAUUGAGAUCAACGGGGUGACCAUCCCCCAGGGCACCACCGUCACUGUGCCAGUGUUCGCCCUGCACCGGGACCCGGAGCUGUGGCCCGAGCCAGAGCAGUUUAACCCUGAGAGGUUCAGCAAAGAAAACAAAGAGCGCCUGGACCCUUACUCCUACCUGCCCUUCGGAGCCGGGCCCCGCAACUGCAUCGGGAUGAGAUUCGCUGUGCUCUCCAUGAAGGCGGCUUUGGUUCAGAUUCUACAGGAAUUCACCUUCUCCCCCUGCAGUGAGACACAAAUCCCUCCUGAGCUGUCAAUCACUGGACUGCUGCAGACCAAGAAGCCCAUCGUACUGAGCGUCACCCGUCGAGCCACUGCUCACCACGAGAAAGGAAUGUGGGAGCCCGUAACUUAGCAACCAUCGCAGAGGGCUCAACACACGCUUUGCCAUCAUGUGAAAUGGCAAAUUAGGAAUGUAAGUAGCAGUAGAUUGCAUAACAUCCUGAAUAAAAUGUAUGUGUUAAUAUUCUGACUUUAUAUAUAUAUGUUUUUAAAUACACAAUUUCAAUUAUGUAAUAUCUCAACAUUUAAAUUGUAGUCUGCUGUAAUGUCUAUACUGCAAAUAAAGUUUGUGAAAUAUUUGACUUUUUUUCUUUUUAAGUAACUAAUUGUUUACUAUAAGUUUAUUGUCCUUUAUAAGGAUGAUAUACCAAAGCAAGGGGGUAAACAGCAGCUGGACACCCAGCAUGUUACAAUAAAACAUGCUUUUCUUAAGUGUUUUUACUGAUUCAUGCUGUACUCUCUCAGUAUUUCUAUGUAUGGUAUAUGUAAAUUAAUGGAAAUGGUAUCCCUGAGGUGUUAAGAAAAAAGCUGAAUCUCCAUGUUGCAUGUCAGUUUCAGUCACAAUGGGCAAGACAGCAGGUCUCGCUGACUUUGGUAAAGGACUGACAGGGAAAUAUAGUGAUGCUUCUCAGACUAGCUUGGUGCUAUUUUAAAACCGUGGUAUAUGUACUUGAAGUAAAUAAACAUAUUUUCAAAAGUG